UUAAAAGCAUUUGAUUACUCCUCUGCAUGGAAGGGACAGCAACAAAUGUACAAGCUGGACAUAGGCUGGCCUAAAAUUUCAGAAUACUUCACUGGUCAAACAUUUUGUGUUGCUGUUGACUCUCUUCAUGGUUUGGUCUAUGUGGGACAAAGGGGAGAUAAUGUACCAAAGGUACUUGUAUUCUCAGAGGAAGGCUAUUUUCUUUACUCCUGGAAUAAUACAGUUGAAAUGCCUCAUGGUAUCUUUGUAUUGAACACUGCAACAGAUAGUUCAGUAUGGAUCACAGAUGUAGGAACAGGGAAAUAUGGGCACACUGUGAAACAGUAUAGCCCUUCGGGUAAACUUAUGCAGAUCUUGGGCACGCCAGGUAAUGCUGGUUCAAGUUUGAUUCCCCUACAAUUUGAUCAACCAGCAGAGAUCUUUGUAGAGGAAAGUGGAGAUAUCUAUGUUGUGGAUGGAGACGGAGGAAUGAAUAACAGAUUGCUCAAACUAUCCAACGAUUACAAAGAGAUAUGGCUGACUGGAACAAAUGGGACCGGCAUUGGUCAGUUCAAGAUUCCUCACAGUGUAACAGUGGAUCCUUUUGGACGGGUAUGGGUUGCAGACAGAGACAACAAAAGAAUCCAGGUUUUUGAUAAAGUCACAGGAGAAUGGCUCGGGUCUUGGAACAGCUGUUUUUCAGAAGAUGGACCCUAUUCUGUCAGAUUUUCUGCCAAUUACAAAUACCUGAUUGUAGCUCAGCUGAACAUCAACCGGUUAGCAAUCUUGGCGGCACCACCGGUUGGCUCUAUUGGGGAUUGUGUUACGGUCAACGCAGUCCAGCUGGCAGAUGAAACCAAACCACACCUUGUGGAUGUAGACAUGAAGAGUGGAGCAGUGUAUGUUGCAGAGAUUGGAGCCCAGCAAGUACAAAAAUAUGUACCCUUAAGCUGA